CGGGGCCAUGGCGCUGGGGGAAGGCGGCGGCGGCGGCAGCCGGCUGCGGCGGCAGCUGGAGUCGGGCGGCUUCGUGGCGGGCGAGUACGUGAAGCAGCUGUCGCAGCAGUCGGACGGCGACCGGGACCUGCAGGAGCACCGGCAGCGCAUCCAGGCGCUGAGCGAGGAGACGGCGCAGAGCCUGAAGCGCAACGUCUACCAGAACUACCGGCAGUUCAUCGAGACGGCGCGGGAGAUCAGCUACCUGGAGAGCGAGAUGUACCAGCUCAGCCACAUCCUCACCGAGCAGAAGGGCAUCAUGGAGGCCGUCACGCAGGCCCUGCUCCUCCAGGCAGACCGCGACGACCCCGCCCUGGGCCCCCGCCGCGCCGCCGCCGCCGCCGACCCGUUCCUGCCGCUGUCGGCCAAGGAGGCGGCGGGCGGCGGCGAGGAGGGGCGGCAGCGGACGCUCACCACCCUCCUGGAGAAGGUGGAGGGCUGCCGCGACCUGCUGCCCGAGAGCCCCGGCAAGUACCUGGUGUACAACGGCGACCUGGUGGAGUACGACGCCGACCACAUGGCGCAGAUCCAGCGGGUGCACGCCUUCCUCAUGAACGACUGCCUGCUCGUGGCCACCGCCCUGCCCAACCGCCGCGGCGCCUACCGCUACGACGCCCUCUACCCCCUCGACGGGCUGGCGGUGGUCAACGUCAAGGACAACCCGCCCAUGAAGGACAUGUUCAAGCUGCUCAUGUUCCCCGAGAGCCGCAUCUUCCAGGCCGAGAACGCCAAGAUCAAGAAGGAGUGGCUGGAGGUGCUGGAGGAGACCAAGCGCAACCGGGCCCUCAGCGAGAAGCGACGGCUGGAGCAGGAGGCCUUGCCCCGGCCCGCCCCGACGCCCCCCGAGUCCACCAACCCCUUCGAGGAGGAGGAUGAGGAAGAGGAGGAAGAGCCCUCUGCAGAGGAAGAGGUGGUCGACCUCUCGCUUGAGUGGAUCCAGGAGCUGCCGGAGGACCUGGACGUCUGCAUCGCUCAGCGGGACUUCGAGGGGGCGGUGGACCUCCUAGAUAAGCUCAACGAGUACCUGGGGGACAAGCCCGUGAGCCAGCCCGUGAAGGAGCUGCGGGCCAAGGUGGACGAGCGGGUCCGGCAGCUCACGGACGUGCUGGUGUUCGAGCUGUCUCCAGACCGCUCGCUGCGAGGAGGGCCGCGGGCCACGCGCCGAGCCGUGUCCCAACUCAUUCGGUUGGGUCAGUCCACCAAGGCGUGCGAGCUCUUCCUGAAGAACCGGGCGGCUGCGGUGCACACGGCCAUCCGGCAGCUGCGCAUCGAAGGCGCCACGCUGCUCUACAUCCACAAACUCUGCCACGUCUUCUUCACCAGCCUUCUAGAGACGGCGAGGGAGUUUGAGACGGACUUCGCUGGCAACAACGGCUGCUACUCUGCCUUCGUUGUGUGGGCCCGCUCGUCCAUGAGGAUGUUUGUAGAUGCCUUCAGUAAGCAGGUGUUUGACAGCAAAGAGAGCUUGUCGACUGCAGCGGAGUGCGUGAAGGUAGCCAAAGAGCACUGCAAGCAGCUCAGCGAGAUUGGACUGGAUCUCACCUUCAUCAUUCAUGCCCUCCUGGUAAAGGAUAUCAAAGGUGCUUUACAGAGCUACAAGGAUAUCAUCAUCGAGGCCACUAAGCACCGCAACUCUGAGGAGAUGUGGAGAAGGAUGAACCUCAUGACCCCAGAGGCUCUGGGGAAGCUCAGAGAGGAGAUGAGGAGCUGCGGGGUGGGGAAUUUCGACCAGUACACUGGCGAUGACUGCUGGGUCAACCUUAGCUAUACCGUAGUAGCUUUCACUAAGCAGACUAUGGCCUUCUUGGAGGAAGCGUUAAAGCUUUACUUUCCAGAGCUACACAUGGUUCUUUUGGAGAGUCUUGUGGAAAUCAUCCUAGUGGCCGUGCAGCACGUUGAUUACAGUUUACGGUGUGAACAGGACCCUGAGAAGAAAGCAUUCAUUAGGCAGAAUGCAUCCUUCCUUUACGAAACUGUCCUUCCUGUUGUGGAAAAAAGAUUUGAGGAAGGAGUUGGAAAGCCAGCCAAGCAGCUGCAGGAUCUGAGAAAUGCUUCGAGGUUGAUGCGUGUGAACCCAGAAAGUACCACCUCUGUGGUGUGAAGUGAACUAACUCUUCUUAUUAACAGGGCGCGAAGGCACUUACUGAAAAUGUUGUACGGUGAAUAUAAGAACUAAAUGGUUUUUUGAGUCCCUGAAAAAUGUGGAAGGCUAGCUGCAGCAUUACAGAGGCUGAAAAAUUACAGUCAAAGCCUUCAAGGGUUCAACACUUUUGGGAGGGUGUGUGGGAGUGAGAGGUAGGACUGAGGUUGCUUGGACAGCGUAUCCUGUAAGAGUGGUUGGUGUAGUGUUUGUGACUUGGGAAAUACUAUGGUGUACAAUUUUUGGCCAAAUGUUUGUGAAAGUCUUAAAUAUAUGUAAACUGCAGCAGGAAAAGAUCACUUCUCGUCACAUUGUCCGAGUUCUUUUUUUAAGGCAGUGUUCCGGUGGAAGGGGAAGUGCUGAAACACUCCCAGGGUGUGGUAUUUGGUGAGGCACAUCCACCAUCUAGAUGUGACUCAGCACCACAGAUAACAUGGAUUUGCACGUUGUGAUUCCUCUGGUAGCAAUGCAGACUCUUCAGUUUCUCCUACAUGCAAAAUCUCUUCAUUCAUUCCAGAGACAGAUCUAAAUUAAAAAUCUCAUUUGGAUAGAUUUUUUGUGUUUAGGUGAAGGGGCUUUUUCCUCUAAUAAGCUUGCCUGUCAGCUUAAAUUACUGCUCUUAGAAAACAAACCCACUGUUGUCAGAAACGCGUGAUCCCUGCAGAGAACAAAUGAGGAUAGUUUUCUUCCCUUCCCCUUUGCGUUCCCCUUGUUUUUUCAUGGACUUCACUGGGCUCAGCUCCACGUGGUGAGGUAUGCGCUCUUGCUCAAGGUGCUGUCAUAAAUGAAUUAUGGGCCGUUACCUGCUGAUAGAAACCACAGCGAGGAGGCAUAAAUGCUCUUGAUAUGCUCAAAGCAGGGAGAGGAUCAUAAGAUACUGCUCCGGUUGGAAGAAACAGGAUUCUAGUUUUGCUGUACAGAAGCAGCAGAGGAUAAGAAGACGGGGUUUAGGGCUUUCUGUAAAUCACGUCAUCUUCAAAAUACACACCCUAACUCUCCUGAAAAUAUUACUGUUUCCUGUACUACAGCAAUAACCAAGAACAGUCCUUUUUGCAGAAAACACAAGGACUGUAUCUGGUUGAGAACUCAGGUGUAGGUGGGGGAAGUUUAUGCGAAUGCUUUCUUGUUUGGAUUGAAUGGUGAUGCCUGUCUUGUUCAGUAAGUGGCAAAAUAUGAAAUAAAAUAAGCCAAGUCUUACAUAAAGCCCGCCUUUAGGAAGCUGUCAGCAUCACCUUCUAAACUGCAUAAACUUCUUCCCUUUUAGUGCAGACCUUAAUUGUGAGAAAAUUGCUGCAGUUUAACAUUGUAUUAGACCCUCAAUAAGUGAUCUUAACUGGAAUAAUUGAGUAUCCUAUUCCUCUUGUGUUUUCAAAUGAAAGCUUUUGCAAUUUGUGUCAUGAUAAUGAAUGCCUCAUGACUGCGUGAGCAAACAAAAGAAACCACUGGUAAAACAUUCUGUCUCCAUUAUUGCUUAUACUGGAGGUGUAUCAUUUCUACAUGUUUUCACACUUCUGGUUUAAUGCAGCCUUUGCUUUGGUGACUAGUUUUCAUUCUCUUGAUCUUUGGAUGCCUUUUGAGCUGUCAGAUUUUGCGAAGUGUCUGCUUCCUUGCUCUCCAGCGUUUGAGUAUUUUGCUAGAAAAUCAAAAAACGAUGUUUUUUAAAGUGUAACUCAUUACUGUGAGCUAAAACUGUUUGAAAACCACUGUAGUAACUAUAGUGUUAAUUUAAAGUACAGGGCUGAGGAGAGUUAGCACUCGUGUGAAUGUUAGCUUCAAGAGAGCACUGAACAGGCGUAUUUUUUUUUCCACUAGUGGACUCUCUUGGAUACCAGAACCUAGUGAAUUGUAUUAAAGUAAUGUAUUUUCUGUCAACUGUUUCAAAUAGGCAAAGGUAGCAAUCCGGAUUUACUUAAUUUGAGAAAUAUUUUCAAGUGGAUUUUAAGUGAGAACUCUGCAUGAUGAUGGGCAUUUUGGAAGACAAGGAGAAGGGAGGGCAUUAAUCUAUUUAAGGCAUGCAGGUCCUCCUGAUCUUGUAUCUGCUGUUAUCUGUGGGGCAGUCGGCUUACGUGGAUGUUGGCUUUAAUGGAUCAGGGAAUCUGACCUUUCACUUUGGUGAUCAAAUGUCAUUUUCAUGUGCCUGUUACAAAUCCACACAUUUGAAUUGUAUAAGCUGCUGUAAGGAGCACUGAUAAUUUUUAACUUGCAAAUCUAUUCACGUCAUAUGGAAAGAAAAAAAAUGGCUUAAGGAAAAUGGUGUGUAAAUUAUGUUAGCCCCACUUUGUGUGUUAAUUCAGUUAACAGACAAAGCCGACACAUGCUGAAAGUCAUUGUUUAAUAAAUACGUUUCAGAUUUGCAGACAACAAUUUUGAAUGGCACUUUUCCUGAGCUGCUCACUUGUGGAGGUAGUGUGGCUCAAAUUGGGAUUUGCAGUAACUACUGAACAAUACAAUAGCAGUUUUGUUGAUUUGAAGAAGAGCUAGCUGUAAUUUUGCUAGUUAUUGUUUCUCUUGAGAGAAUUGCAUAUAAAAUCUGGUUUCCUUUAGCUGCUGUGACAAAAUUGUGAUGUGUAAAAUGAUUUUUCUUCUUAAAUUCAGAUGAAUUUAUGUAUUAGAAUUUAAUGCAAUAACUUUUCUGAACAGUGAGGACCAUAUAUUAAAACUUUUUGG